AUGUCCUUCACUCGACACUACCUGGACACCUCCACAUUACACAAUCCGCCGCCAUCUCCCUGGCGCGCGCGUGCAGAACUCAUCCGUCGUCGUCCUCGCUUCCGACAAAUCGUAUUUGUCGCCGCGUCCAUCGCCUUCAUUAUCUCGGUAUUGUUGUUAAUUCGUGUGCGGGACGAGAGUCAGUACGAAUGGGUGGCUUAUGGCGAUGACUAUCCCCUCCAUUCAGCUGCAGCCCGUGUUCGACCAAAAUCACCUCUAUCACACAAAUUGCCUCACAAGCCAGCCUUAUAUACCCCAGAAGUCGCCAAUAAUACCCAUGCUAAAACCGGCCCAGCACCAGUGGUCUUUUCGCUCAUUAUGUUUUCGGAGGAUUCGGCAGCAGAGGGUGCGGUGCUCAUGAAAUCUAUCAUCAUGUACAGCUCCGUUCCCAUCGAGUUCCACGUCAUCUGCGAUGAUGUAGCGCAGACAUUCCUGGAGAAACGUCUCCGACUAGUCACUCGACCCGCACGCAAUAUCCUCGUUCGCUUCUACCGUCUCUCAUGGUCUAGCAUGGUUGCGCGCAUAGAACGCGAAGGCGCCAUCACGACAGACCAUUCCGCUGGCACGCCGGGCCUCAUGAAGCUGUUCAUCCACGAAAUCCUCCCUCCAAGCGUCCCGCGCGCGAUCUUCAUCGACACAGACGCGUUCUUCAUCACCGACCCCGCUCAGCUGUGGGACGCAUUCACUCAUCUGAAGCCGACAACUGCCAUCGCGAUGCCGACGCACCCCGAGCAGAGCGCGGAGGAGUGGCACCACGCGAACCGGAUCUGUUCCUGCAUAAUGCUGCUCGACCUCGCGCGGCUACGCGCUCUGCGCCUCAUGGACUCAACCGCAUACCGCGCACUCAACACCGGUAACGACGGCACUGGUGCACAACACGCAUCGUCCACCCACCCCGCGUCUCCGCCGGCCCUCGCGCCGCCUGCUUUUGAGGCGAUGUUCGGGAAGCCGAGCAUGGAUGGGCACUACAAGGGCGUGAAGCUGGGCGACCAGGGAUACUGGUGGGCGAUCGUGUCGCAUCGGCCAGACGUCUUUGAGCACCUUGGUUUUUCGUGGGAGGUAUCGAGCUGUCUGCUGGAGAUGUACGGGACAGCGCUUGGGGACGACAGUGCGGACGAUGCAGCAGAGCUGCAUUCGCAAAUUCACACGCUUGGCACCCCGCAUGAGGGCGAAGUGGUCUUGCCCAAGAUGCUGCAUUUCAAUUGCCUUGACGGCACGUCGAGAUACUACCAGUGGGACGGAUGGUCGGAUCCUACGAAUCCUCUGACGCGCAGAUGGUGGCCGGCCGUUCAAUACCACAUCGGGUUCAAAUGGCUUUGGCUCAACACCCAUCAGUCGAACGCAACACUGACGGUGGAGACGGUGGACAACGUUGUCUUCGCUGACGAGCUGUUUGCUCAGCAACAGUCGAGGCGCCCUCUGCAACAAGUCAGCUAG